AUGCCCGCCGGAUAUCGAUCGAAUGGGCACAUAGCGUUGCCGGUCAGCAACGGUCACAUUAGUGAGUUCACUGCCGCGGAUAAGUAUUACACAAAUGGUGGACCAAAGCUGCGGGGCUGGACCAAUGGAGGGAUGCAGGAUCACCAGUCGACCCUGUCGCGACCCCGCUCGGCCGAGGUCAUUACGGCGAACGGCAACGGCAACGGUACGCUGCCGAACGGAAGACACGUCAACGGUGUUGUCACACGCGGACCCGGAGGGCUUCACGAGGACCUCGAGUUUCCGCCCACUCCACGAACGCUGUCGAAAAAGAAGCAAAUUGUCUGGAUGCGGCCACACGAUAUGUGCGCCAGACCACAGUUUCGGAUUGCACCUCCUGGAACGCCACUGACCGCCCGGGAGCUUCCCGAACCGGUCGGCCCGGGAGAUCCUAGUUUGCUGGCGGCCCUCGGAUGCCUAUCACAGUUGCCGCGCCUUCUGGAGCGUGUGGUUCCGCCGGAGCAAACGUUCGAUACCGCCAACGGAUAUUGUGGAAUGUUCAAAUUUCGCUUCUGGCAGUGGGGUAAAUGGAUUGAGGUACGGGUCGACGAUCGACUUCCAACCCGAGGUGAUCGUCCGGCUCAUAUGCACUGCGCCCAGCCGGACAUCUUCUGGGCGGCGCUGCUAGAGAAAGCAUAUGCCAAAUUAUACGGAGGCUACACAUUCUUGAAGUACGGAACGGUUGGACGUGCGCUACAGGACCUAACGGGUGCGGUGGUGCAGAGUGUGCCUCCAAGUGGACCCCUGCUCGGUGGCGCUGUUCCCCGAUCGACACUACUGAUCGCCAUCAGUGGAGUGGAGAAAGAAACCAAACGCCGCAGGUCGGGUCUACUGACAGAGCACCCUUACUGCGUGACAGGAUUAGCGCGGGUCCGGGCGAACUCCACCGACUCGGCGACGCACGGAAGUGGCUCCUCUGCCGGUGACACCAGCUUGAUCCGGCUACGCAGCCCCUGGAUCGGGGGGGAGUGGGGUGGCGUCUGGUGCGGGGCCUGGUCCGAACGAAGCUGGGAGUGGAAUGCACUGAACGAGCGCGACCGUGAACUCCUGUCAUCCCGUUCGUCAAACGACUGCGAGUUCUGGAUGUCGGUGAACGAGUUCCUGACGCGCUUCGUUGUCAUCUGGUUGGCUCACAUCGGUCCGGACGACUGGGCGCUAGAACCUGGGCUGCACACACGCGCCCCCUGGCGGGCGGCGUUAGCAGUUCGCCAGUGGCGUGCCGGUUUCAACGCCGGAGGACCCCACAAGUUCAUCGAAACGACCGCCACUAACCCACAGUUCCGAAUCCGCGUCCCACCCGGCCACCCAUCGAAGGCGCACGUGGUGGUAGCGGUGGCACAGAAGUACGAGUGCUACCGGAGUCGGAACUACGAGGAAGAAGAAAUUGGCUUCACCAUCUACGAAGUCCCGCCAGGGAUGCAACGCGUCACACCGCAGUACGUCAGCGAACAGAUGCCACUGGAUUUUGCGCCACUUUCGAACCUACGAGAGAUUGCCACGUUCUUCGCGCUGCCGGCCGGAGACUUUGUCGUGAUGCCGCAUGCCGCCCAGCAUCGGGAGGGCCGGUUCCUGCUGCGGAUCUUUGCCGACCAGCACACCGACGUGUGGGAGGUGAACGAGGAGAAUCUGGUGAUACACAACAUUGCGGCCGAGUUUUGCGACGAGCGAACGAUUGAUGCUCGAAUACUCUACAAACUAAGAGCCCGCUAUCCGCACGAAAUCGACGCCCCACAGCUACAGGCCAUCCUGAAGGCACACGGAGGAAACAACCGUGGGUUCCGCGGACUCGGAGGAAUCAACUGUGGUCCAUCGCUGGAACUCUGUCGGGGUAUGCUGGCGCUACGGGAUCCGGCUCUCGGAGGACGACUCUCGAUCGAACACGUGCCCGCCCUGAUCGGACUGAUGCGCUUCUGGAAGGCGGCCUUCCGACGCUGUGGACCCUCAUCCUCCGGUACAGCCACGCUUAGCCGUGGCAUCUGGGCGUCCAAGGUGUCAUCGUACUGCUUACGUGGGUUACUCUGGGCCGGUGGUGCCACCGCUAGCAAUAAGGUGUUGGAGGCGCUGGUCAGCCGCUUUACCCGCAAUCGACAAAUCACGCUAGAGGGCUAUCUGCUGUCGAUGGCGCGAUUGCAUCUGGCUCACGAACGCUACCAUAGUCUGGAUGCCAAAGCUAAAGCAAGCCCCUUAUCACUUGAAGAGAUGAUUUUGAUGACGAUCUACUCAUGAGAGCAACGCCAACGGUAGCAACGGACGCCCGGACAGACCUUCUGCAGGUUCACAGCAUACGCAUGCUGGAAACAGACGUAUUUAAAAAUCGUGUACAUCACCAAAGAAACGACGAUGGUAUUGGCGAACAUUGAAUUGGACCAUCUAUUUGUUUACUUUAAAUUUUGCGAAAUUUCUCCACGAGACUAUGCGCGGAAAAACAGUACCGAGGGAAAACUCACGCUAGCAAAGAAAAAGCAAUGAAAAAUAGCAAAAUGAAACAAACUGAUUACAAAGACACCUUUUUUGUGGAGUACUCGUAGGAGUCUUGAGUAAUAGAGUGGCCAAAUGAAGGGGAAAAGGAAAACAUAGCAAACAUCCAACAACAUGAAAAUGCAAUAUUAAUUUAAAUUGACUGAUAA